UGUCCACAUGGGGGUGCUGAGGGGCCUCCCUAGGAUCCCCGCCUCUGCCCCCAGAGCUCCAAGUGCAGCACAGGCUGAGCCUUGCACUUCCCCUUUCCCACAGCUGGCGAGAUGACCCCCGCUGACCCAUCCCUGGCCCUUCUCUCUGGAAAUUUCCUUUGGGAGGGUUUGGAAACCCAGCCGGCCCCUCCCUCCCUGCAUACCUCCUCCCGGCUCUGCGGGAGCCCCUGCGUCCCCACCACAGCUUUUCUUGUGACCAGGAUAAAUAUUACCAGGCACUGUUAAUGUUUAAUGCCCGCACCUCGUCCCGGCCACCUGCGGCACACGCAGAGGCGGCAGGAAGCGGCAGAGGAGCCCGGUGGGCUGGGGAGAUGGCAGGGCUGCCGGCCGGCGACGAUGGUGGCAGCCCCAAGGGGGACGAGGACCCAUUCCACUAUGACUACGAGACUGUCCGCCACGGAGGCCUGAUCUUCGCUGGCCUGGCCUUCGUCAUAGGGCUCCUCAUCCUCCUCAGCAAAAGAUUCCGCUGUGGGGGGAAUAAGAAACGCAGGCAACUCGGUGAAGAUGAGCUGUGACAGCAGACUCAGCUGAGGACCCCAUCUACGCCGGGCCGCGACCCACCUCCUGUCUGCCAGGCUCAGCCUGAUCGCGGUGGGCUUUGCCUCCUGCCCGCAAUAAAGCUGGCUUCAGAAAUG